UUAGUUACCAUGCCCAAGUUCAGUUAAGAGAAGGGAAAAAAAAGUUAGAAAUUUAGCUGCCAAUGUGUUUUGUGUCCAUCUUCUUCGCCUCUUCAGUUCUUCAUUCUCCCCUAAUUUCACACACUAGUUUUGAAUUUGAUACCCCUAAUAUCUGUCUGUCUUUCUUUCUUCUUUUCUUAAGAUCUUAUUUUAUUUAAUUGGUUCAAAUUGGGUAAAAGUUUAUCAAUUUGUAGUUUUUCCCUAAAACGGGGCUGGCAAUGGAGGUGAUUCCAACAGUGACACAGAGAGAACAAUGGAUGGUUGAGUCUCAAGUCUUUGGCAUCUACAACAACUUCAAAGAGCUCCCCAGGAGAGCUCAAACCGUCUUGCUGGAAAUUGUGUGUGAUAAGCACACCGAGUAUCUCACCAAUGGCCUUCGUCGCCUUCCCCCCUCUUUCUGCGUUCUUGAUGCCAAUCGACCAUGGCUAUGCUAUUGGAUUCUUCAUUCACUUGCACUUUUGGGCGAAUCUAUCGAUGUCAACUUGAAACAUCAUGUUGUUGAUUUUCUCAGUCGAUGCCAGGACCCACUUGGUGGAUAUGGUGGUGGACCGGGUCAGAUGCCUCAUCUGGCAACCACAUAUGCUGCUGUGAAUUCAAUUAUCACAGUGGGAGGGCGCAGAGCAUUGUCGUCUAUUAACAGAGAUAGAUUGUAUGCAUUCUUGCAGCGAAUGAAGGACCCAAGUGGGUCGUUCAGGAUGCAUGAAAAGGGAGAAAUUGAUGUCAGGGCAUGUUACACUGCAGUUUCUGUUGCAAGUAUUCUGAACAUCUUGGAUUACAAAUUGGUGGAAAAUGUUGGGGAUUACAUUCUAAGUUGUCAGACAUAUGAAGGUGGCAUUGCUGGUGAGCCUGGUUCAGAAGCCCAUGGAGGGUAUACCUUUUGUGGGUUGGCCGCAAUGAUUCUUAUCAACGAGGUUCAUCGAUUGGACUUGCCUGCUCUAGUUAAUUGGGUUGCAUUUCGUCAAGGAGUUGAGGGUGGAUUUCAGGGGAGAACAAACAAAUUAGUAGAUGGUUGUUAUUCCUUUUGGCAGGGAGGUGUUUUUCCACUAAUUCAAAGAUUGCUGCGAAGUAUUGAGGAGCAGUUGAGGAUUAUAGGUUGUCGAAAGCAUGACAAUGAUUCUUCCAAAAUAAAUGUUAAUUUACCUGAGGAGACACGUCAAAUGCACAGUGGCCUUUUUGAACAGAAAGGCCUACAAGAGCCUCCUGAUGUUGCAAAAUUCUCUGACGUUGGUUUUGAUUUUGUCAAACGCUCCGCCGAUAUUGGACCUCUCUUUCAAAACUUCGCUUUGCAGCAGUAUAUAAUUCUUUGUUCACAGAUCAUGGAUGGAGGAUUUAGAGACAAGCCUGGAAAGAGCAGAGACUUCUACCACACAUGUUAUUGUUUAAGUGGUCUCUCAGUGUGCCAGUAUAUCAACUUGGAGACAGCUGACUCUUCGCCUAUUGCACAGGAAGUGCUUGGUCCAUAUUCCAAUCUCUUGGAACAAACACACCCUUUGUAUAAUGUUGUCCUUGAGCGUUAUUACAGUGCCCGUGAGCUCUUCUCACAUUUGUAGGUGAUGCUAUCUUCUAAAUACUAGAAGCCAUGGAGUUAAAUGAAGAGAGAAAGGGUUAUUUUGAUUUAUAUGGAUAUUAUGUAAGUUGCUUGUGCAUGGUGAGAGAGAGAGAGAAGGGUUGUGUAAUAUUUAAGUUAGAGAAUUUUUUUAGGUAAAUAAUUGUAGAAGAUGGUCGCAAGUAAUGCAUGUUUUUUAUAGAGUUUUUGGCCUGGGGCAUUAGGUUUUGUUGCAUCCACAAGGCGACAGCAACAGGGCAGUGUAGAUGAAGUCGAAGCUCAAUAUAAUUUGAAGCUCAAUAGAGCUUCACCUGCAGCAAUAAGUGGUUCUCCACUCUUAAGCUUUUAUUUCUCCACCAACCACUAAUUGUGAUGACGUUGGAACUUCCGAGGAUCUUAUUCGUUCUGGUGAACAGCUAGGCAAACAAUUAAGAUGAUGUAUUAAGUUCCUCAUCUCUGGAAAGCUAGCAGAGGGAGGUUCUGAUGGAUUUUUGCAGCUGAUGCUUAUAUGUAGAUCAAGGUUCUGCCGCUUCUGCCGUGACGUUUGUUGUCACAUCACUUAUUUGUUGUUUUGAUUUCACUUCCAUCUGCUCAUGAAAAAUAUUAAACUAGUGAUUUGGUAAUAAUUCUACCGUA